GCCCGCGAUGCUGCGACAGUGUUGGAAUUCUUGGCCUGGGGAAGGAGAAAAGAUCCAGACUGUCAUACGGAUGCGUCGCUCGAGACUGAAGAGACGGGAAUGGGUUCGCUCGACAAUUUAUCGCUCGCAGUACUCCAACUCCUUCUCCCUAGCCAGCACCAGGUUCAACAGCUAGUCGAGUACCACAUUGAAGGCUUGCUAUGGUAUCAUUGCAGCUUCUUCGCGUCGACGUUUCAGACGCAGCUUCGCACAUUCUACGACGAGCAAGACGGAGUCAUUCGCCAAUCAUCCACCAGCUUACAAUGGACCGCUCUUCUCUUCUCUAUACUCACUGCGAGCAUGACAUGUGCGCCAGCUGCACGCGUAAGACUGUGGGGUUUUGGAGAGACAGAACAAGCCACCCUUUCGCAAAAGUGGUUUCAAGCCAUUAGUGCCUGUCUCACUCACGCAAACUAUACGAGCAACUUGAGCAUUCUUUCUUGUCAAGCAAUUGCCACUGCCACCACCUCUGCUCAUCUCCUGGGUUUUAGCACAACACAGAGCAUACAUCUUGCAACUGCAGUACGCAUUGCUCAAUCGCUAGGCCUGCAUCGCCUCAGCCCGGAUGUCAAUGAUAAUUCUACCGAGACUGGCAGGCGUGUGUGGUGUCAGCUGUGUACCCAGGACUGGUUCAGCAUUCCUUUUUCAGACACCUACCUUGUCAGCCCCAAGUAUUCUACACUGCCAGAUUACAACAUUGUCGAAUCCGAUCAACCUACAACAACGAGUUACUCUCGCUUUUUGUACAAUGUCGCCAUCAUUAUGCCCCAAUUGCAAGAUAACUUGGUGUCGUGCAACACACCUUAUACGCGGUAUGAAAAGGUUCUCUACUGGGACAAUAUUCUUAGAGGUCUGGCAACGCGCUCGAGGCCACCUUUCAUGACAAACGGACCGCUGGAUCCUACGUGGCCGCUAUGGGUACCAUGGGCGCGGCAUGCCCUGGCCAUUAACUCGAGCCCUAAAAUCAUCAUGAUUCAUCGGUCCUUUCUCCUGGACAGCUUUGAGAAUCCUGCCUUUGCUUUUACGCGUCGAACUUGUCUAGCGGCCUCUAAAACGAUAAUCAAAGAAUACAAGUCUCUAAUUGCAGAAGAUGGCCCUACUUUAUGGAUACACCAGGCAUUCGCGGUCGCUGCAUCAAUUACUCUUUGUCUGGAUAUUCUCUAUCGUGACGCUAGCGACGAACAAAGUUCUGACCACCAAGCGCUGGUAAAGGACAUUUUGCAAAUCAUGCAGUCACGGCGAGACAGUAUGAUUGCAAUUCGAGGAACGAAACUGUUGGGCGCUCUUCUG